GACUGUCCCUUUAAAUAACGGGCCACGACUAUUGCUUGCAUUUCUUUCUUUAAAAAUAGUUGGAUGUGGGAUUUUCGUUAGCAGCGGCUUGCCUCCUAUGGUAAUAGAUUUACAGAGACGGCUAAUAUGGCAACAGUUCAACUGGGUUUGGGAGCAGGCUGUUUUAGGAGUGUGCCACGGUUGAAUAUCCCCCGUGAGGGCCCCUCUUAAGAUGUAUAGUACUGUCUCAAAGCGUAAACAUUUACAUGUCACAGACUGGUCAGUCUUGCUCUUGAAUUUAGAAGUCUUUGUGCAUUGUUUAGUUAGUCUUCUCCCACUCCCCUAACUCCACCCCCCAAGGGGGAAAGAUCAGAACGUUUUCUUUUGCGUUAACAUCUUAACCUAUCAUUUUUUUUCUUGAAUGUGCAGGAAUCCUAACAAUAAGUGCGGGGAAAAUUUGGAUCCUUUUUGCCUUUUACUUGCGAAUGCGAGUUCAGUGAAAUCUAGAUUGACGAAAACAGAACUUUUAAACACUGUCAGUUUUGUUAAGGGGCAGGAAACUAGUUUUAUUUGGAUGGGAGCUCGGCUGAAGCCAUCAGUUUCCAAUCGUGUCACCAUAAACAUGUGAAUAGGAUCAGUUUGCAUAAACCAGCUGAUGUCAGCUCUUCUAAGCCCUGCCGGAGAGAAGGUUCAACAACCUGGCCCUGUGCUUCAUUACGAAGUUUCUAACUCCCGCUCUGCUGUUUUCUUUGAAAAUUCCGGAUGGCAAAGUGUGGGGGGCAGGGAGGAAGGGAGUCACGGAAUGAUGCAACUGGUGGGUUUGUCCCUACCGAGCUGUGCAAGUUUUUCCCCCGUAGUUUUCAAUGACCACUCAGAAAGACUCCUCUCCUCGCCUGGUGUUUGGAGUUCAGUGUGACCCGAAGGACGGAGGGCCCUGAGGGAUGUGGAGAUCGAGUUCGGCAGCCAGCACUGAGAAUGCAGACAAUGGAAUGUUUAACUGCAAGCUGAAUUAUCCGUAGCCUCUCCGCUGCCAGUCAGUUGGAGCUGCAGGGACGCGGCGAGUUCCUGCUGGUCAUUGAUCACCGCGCUGCAGGAUCCAGGCUGUCUGUGCUGAAGAUGAGCUGAUGGUGGAUGAUGGAACUGAAGGUGUGGGUCGAUGGAGUCCAGCGCAUUGUCUGUGGUGUCACCGAGGCCACAACCUGCCAAGAAGUCGUCAUCGCCCUCGCUCAGGCUAUCGGAAGGACUGGCCGAUACACCCUCAUUGAGAAGUGGAGAGAGACAGAGCGCCACCUGGCACCCCACGAGAACCCGCUGGCUGCCCUGAACAAGUGGGGACAGUAUGCCAGUGACGUGCAGCUAAUCCUGCGGCGCACGGGCCCUUCCCUGAGCGAGCGGCCCACCUCAGAUAGCAUGGGCCGCGCGCCCGAGAGAACUUUAUACCGGCAGAGCCUGCCGCCCUUGGCUAAGCUAAGGCCCCAGAAUGACAGGUCGUUACGGAGGAAGGAGCCCAAAAGGAAGUCCCUGACUUUCAGUGCUGGCCCAAAGGGGUUCAUCGAUGUUUUUGGGAAGUGUGCGAACUUGGAGGUGAGGCACCAGGCUCUGGCCAGCAGGGUGUCUGCCGAGGAGCUGAGGAAGGUGGUUCGCCUGCAACAGGAGAAGCUCCACACACUGCAGAGGCAGCUGGAGUCCAACCAGGCCGAAGUGAAGUACUGGGAGGGAAAGGUGGGCCUCCGAGUGGAGGAGGAAAUCCUGCGGCUGGAACAGAGAAUUAAGAAGAACGAGGUAGAGAUUGAGGAGGAGGAGUUCUGGGAGAACGAGUGGCAGAUCGAGCGGGAGAACGAGAAGCAGCUGAAGGAGCAGCUGGAGGAGGUGAGUCUCCGGAUCAAGGACAGCGAGGAGAAGCUGAAGGACUGCACGGAGAGGAUCCAGAGGAUCGAACGGGGCAUUGAAGCCGAGAACGUGCAGCAGGAGCUCUGCGGGUCGCAGGUCAAUGAGGAGGAGGUGAAGGGGAAUCUGGUGAAAAUCAGAAAGGACGUCGAGCUGAAGUGCCAGCACAGCACGAGGCUGCAGAACAGUCUGCGAGCUGUGGAAAGGACGUUGGGUCAAGCCAAUAAAAAGCUUCAGGAGAAGGAGCUGGAGCUGGAGCAGCUGACAAAGGAGCUGAGGCAAGUCAACCUCCAACAGUUCAUCCAGCAGACAGGAACCAAGGUCACAGUGCUUCCAGCUGAGCCAACGGAGGAAGAGCUGUCUGCAGCCCAAGAGAAAGGUUCUCUGACUACCACAGGUUCCCUGAAGUGGCCUACCUCAGCACGGCAGCUGCCCAGCAAUUUAAGGACUCUGCAGAAUCCGCUGAUUUCGGGCUUUAACCCAGAAGGCAUCUACGUAUAAUGAUAUCACUCCCGUCAAUGAAGCCACUAGGAGAGUUUCGGAAGUUGCUGGUUACUCUCUGACACCCAGUAGUUUUGUUAAGUUUGUUGACUCUGUGCCUUACAUUGAGUUGGAGCCCUGUAACCCAGCCAGUCACAGAUGCUCAGGACAGAUGGGUAAAUGAGGAUAGAUUCCUUUGCGGAGCUAGCCAGUGUUGCUGUGCCACUGCAGAAUGUCUGUUCCACUCAAGACAAACUUGCCUGGGGAUUCCAGUUGUGGAAUGUAGGCAGAAGUUAUUUUGGAGACUUGUGAUGGCAUUUGUUCACUUUUAAAAACAUUGUUUAAUUUUAUUCAGAGUUUAAUCCUACUCUUCCCUGCCCACAAAGCAAAAAGGCCCAGUAAUGAUGGUAAGAAAUUUUUGUCAGUAUUUUCAAAAUUCGAUUAUUUUUUCAAAGCAAUGUCCAUGGGUCACAACAAUGGGAAGAGGAGGUGUGUGUUGUCUGGGAUGCACAUAACGUGUUGUGUGAAGCUUCUUUUUAUCCAGUGAAAAUCACGGUGAAAAUCCACUUCACGGGGUAGAGUUCUCUUUAAAUCAAACACCGAGCAACUCUAAGGCCCCUUUCCAAAAUGUCAAAUAAUACGAUAAUUUUCAGGCAUUGAAUUUUGCAUUGCACUGUUUUUGGCUUGUCAGCGAGGACUGAACCCUGUUUUGCUACUACUAUUCUGUACUUGCAGCAGAUGCAGAGAAAGAGCCAGCCACCGCGAGACAGCAGACAGAGCCAGCGGUGCAAUUAGUUAAUAAAGAGUGAAUUUCCAACUUGGUUAUCAUUGCUUAUUCAGAGCCCAGCGGGUUUCAAUAACCGGGCGAGGGGGGCGGGAGAAGAAUCAGGCUUUCAGAGAGAUGAGGAGAGUGCGAGUGGUGUUCAGGGCACAUGUAUGUUUUGUAUAUUUCCGCGAUUGCAAAAUAGAAGUGGCUGUCAGAUUUGGGAAAUCAUUGUUCUGGCUAAGGCAGGGGGGAGCUUGCCCGAUUCUGAUUAUGUAUAUAGUAAAUAAAAUAUUUAGAUCUUAUUUUUUGGCUUUACCAGUGUAUAUGGGUAUGUAAAAUUAAUAUAAGAUUCAGUUUAAUAGCAUUACUUUUAUAUUAUACCAAGUGCCAAUUUUACACAUGCACGGUGUGAGCACGUGUUUAAGUGUAUGGGAAGAAGAUACCAAUCUGAACAAUCACUCUGUAAAUCCUAUUUAUUAAGUCCUGAUGCUCUGUGUUAUUCAGAGACUCGUGCUAUAUAGUUUCAAUGCCAUGCAUGUAAUUACCACUAAGUUGAAUGCAAAGUAUUAAUAUUUCAGUAUUAUUCGGUGCAGAGGAACGUACUAUAAAGCAAAAUUGAUUUUAUCACUUCUUCUUUACUUACUUCAAGCUUUAAAGUUGUAGCAUUGUGAAUUUUAAACAACACUGUUCUGAACCAUAAUGCAGAGUAGAAUAAACAUGUCCAUUGAAAGAAUUGUAACAUGGCUUGUCUCUUUAGUCUUCCACUGAAUGCCUGCAGCACCUUAACUCCACGUGUUGUGCCUAAAAUGCACCCCCACCACCAAGAACAGAGUGGGUUGUGUGGUUUGUUUUUAAGUAAUGGUGAAGCAUGCAGAUCUGCACAAGUGUAAGCUGUGAUAUCUUUUGGGUUUGUGGCUCAGAGUUUUUUAAGUUAGCGGGGAUAGUUUUUGGGAACU